AUGGCGUUCGCACGAGGCCUUGUCAAGGGUGAUCGUGUGGAGCGCGCCCGGCUGGUCAAAGCCCCAAAUGAGUCGUGCUUCGGGGUCCAGAUCGCCACCAACCAGAUCUCAGAGGGCGUGGCGGCCGCCAAGCUCGCCAAGGAAGCCGGGGCCAGCUUUGUCGACCUCAACUGCGGGUGCCCCAUCAGAGAGGCGACCCGGCGCGGGCUGGGGGCCGUGCUGCUGCGCAAACCAACCAAGCUGGCGCGCCUCGUGUCGGGGAUCGUGGCCGGCUCAGAUCUGCCUGUCACCGUCAAGAUUCGAACGGGCGAGAACGAGUCGAAGAUCAACGCGAGCGCGGUGGCGGCGCUUAUGGAGGCGGCGGGCGCGGCGGCGGUGACGAUCCACGGGCGCACCAUGGAGCAGCGGUACAAGAAGGCCGCCGACUGGAGCCUCAUUGCGGGGGUGGCGGCGGAGCGCAAGAUCCCGAUCAUCGGCAAUGGCGACAUUCUGGCUAUCUAUGAGGCAAAGGACCGUGCGGCGGCGCACGGGGCGGCGGCGCUGAUGGUGGGGCGCGGCGCGCUGAUCAAGCCCUGGGUGUUCCAAGAGUACAAGGAGACCGCCCAACACCUCGCCCUGAGUGGACAUAGGGGCCGCGAGAUCGCCCUGGACGCGGUGGAGCGCGUGGGGGUGUACCGCCGGCUGGUGGCCUACAUGAAGGAGCACUUCAGGGACGACGCGCGCGGCAAGAAGUCGGCGUUCUACUUCCUGCCCUGGCAUUUUGCUUGGUUCCACAGGUACCGGGCGUUCCCCUCUUCCCAGUACGCGGAGGCCAGCCGUCAGUACCCGCUCAUCGCCACACGCAUUGACCUAACAGACCCCCGGGUGGGGGAGACCGAGGAGGGCCUGCCUCCAUUGGAGCGCCUGCUGCGCUGCGACCAGGAAGCUGCCCACCUCGCCAUCGCGGACGCGCUUUGGGAGGCUCCCUCGGACGCGGACGCGGUCGCCGCGCUGACUAGGAUGGCCGGGGCCGACCUGGCCGCGUGCGAGGCAGAGGGGCGCGCAGGGCGGGGGGCGAGGGGCGAGGGGGGCAGGAGCGGCGACGACGAGCAAGAGGGGCAGGGGUGA